AUGGCCGACGCCGAACCAGAUUUCUCCUCCUUGCCACUUCAGGACCGAUUCGCUCACAAGAAUUGGAAAGUCCGCAAGGAAGGUUACGAAGACGCCAAAGCGCAAUUCGAGAAAACACCCGAUGAAUCAGCCCCCGUUUUUACGCCGUUCCUACAAGACCCCAGUUUAUGGAAAGGGGCUGUCGCCGAUUCCAACGUUGCGGCGCAGAUCGAGGGACUGGCGGCGUACUGCGCAUUCUUGAAAUAUGGAGGUCCACAAGCAUGUGCACGGACUCGGCAGUACACCGUCGGCCCCAUCGCGGAGAAGGGUCUCCCCUGUACCAGACCAGCUGGUAAAGCUAGCGCCCAGGAGGCACUCUUACUAUGCGUCGAAAUGGACAAAGCCGAUCCCGUCCUCGAAGAGCUUCUACCUACGCUAUCGCACAAAGUUCCUAAAGUCAUCGCCGGCGCUCUCGGAGCUUUGACCGCCAUCUACCAUAACUUUGGAUGCAAGAUCGUGGACCCGAAGCCGACACUCAAGGUGCUGCCGAAAGUGUUCGGUCACGCUGACAAGAAUGUCCGAGCCGAGGCGCAGAACUUGACUGUGGAGUUGUAUCGGUGGCUCCGUGAGGCCAUUAAGCCUCUUUUCUGGGCCGAUCUGAAGCCGGUGCAGCAGAGUGAUUUGGAGAAGCUGUUUGAGAACGUCAAACAAGAGCCUCCGGCGAAGCAAGAACGAUACACUCAUGCCCAGCAAGAUGCUAUGGCUGCGGCGAGCGCGGCCCCGGGAGGCGGGGAUGGACUCGACGAAGAAGCAGGUGAAGAGUAUGCCGAAGAGGAGGAGGCGGAGGUCGAUGUUUUUGAUCUCGCAGAACCCAUUGAUGUUUUCCCCAAAAUUCCCAAGGAUCUCCACGAUCAACUCGGCUCAUCAAAAUGGAAGGAUCGAAAAGAAGCCUUAGAUGCUCUUUACAAUGCGAUUAAUGUGCCCCGGAUCAAGGACGGCCCCUAUGAUGAAAUCGUGAGAGCGUUGGCAAAAUGCAUGAAGGAUGCCAACGUUGCCGUCGUGACUGUGGCGGCCAAUUGUGUUGACGUGUUGGCGAGGGGCUUGCGCGACGCCUUUGUGAAACAUCGAGCUACCAUCAUGGUACCCAUGCUAGAACGUCUGAAGGAGAAGAAGCAAACCGUGGCAGAUGCUUUAGGUCAAGCAUUGGAUGCCGUGUUCUCCGCAACAAGUCUCUCCGACUGCUUGGAAGAUAUCAUGGAAUAUCUCAAGCACAAAAACCCGCAAAUCAAGCAGGAGACUGUCAAGUUCUUGGUUCGAUGUCUUCGCAACACUCGAGUUGUUCCAGCCAAGCCGGAGGUCAAGUCAAUCGCCGAUGCAGGUACAAAGUUGUUGACCGAGUCAACCGAAGCCAUGCGAUCUGGUGGUGCUGAGACAUUGGGUACCCUUAUGAAGAUCUUAGGCGAACGGUCCAUGAACCCCUACCUUGAUGGCUUGGACGAUAUUCGAAAGACCAAGGUCAGGGAAUUUUUCGAAACUGCAGAGGUUAAGGCCAAGGAACGACCUAAGCCGAUUGCACCUCCCCCGAAGGCUGCACCUCCUGCUGCCAGAAAAACCGUUCCAGGUAAAAAACCAGCCAUGGGACUUAAGAAACCAGCUCCUGCCGCGUCCCCAGCUGAGGAGCCUCCUGCGAAGCCAGUCUCAAGGGGAAUUCCUUCAAAGCUGGGUGGUGUUCCAAAGGCUGGCAGUGGUCUUGCUCCUCCAGGAGGUGGUCUGAAGCUCCAGCGCAAGCUCGGUGGUCCAGGUGGUAUUGCUUCGCCGCGACGAGCUGCCCCUCCGCCUGUUGAAGAUGAUGUUCCCCCUCCUGCCGCCCCCAAGUUCGGUCUCGGUCGUGGUCUUGCUGGCCGACCGAUUGCGAAGCCAGCUGCUGCUGAGGCUGCUCCGGCUCCACCUCCCGUCCCUGCGGGAAUGACCGCUGCCGAGCGAGCAGAAAUGGAAGAGCUGCGGAUGGAGAAGGAGAAAUUUGCGCGCAUUAUCGAAGAGAUGAAGUCAGAUCGAUCUAAGCUCAACUCUCAAAUCACCGAGCUCCAGAACCAGAAUGCGCAGUUGAUUGAGGAUCAUACAAGAGAUGUGUUAAGCAUCAAGGCGAAGGAGACCCAGCUAGUUCGGGCACGAAGUGAUGCCGAGGCUGCUGAGGCGAACGUCCAAAAACAACAGAGAGAGAUUGAGCGGUUGAAACGUGAGUUGGCCAGAGCCCUCCGUGCAUCUGCUCUGAGCCCGACCAAUGCUGGCUCCGAUACUGGCAGCAUGGGCAUGGCCGAUGCCAACUCAGUGUACCAAGAAGCUGCUAGCAAUGGACACAAUGCUGCAACCCGAUCAGGCCUUCACAUGGGAUCUCGCUUUGAGAGCUCACGGCCGCGAAGCUAUGCCUCCGCCAAUCACAGUGAAGAUGGAGAGAACGGAGUUCUUGAUUCACCAGGCUUCAGCAGCCGAGAGAGUGGUUUAGGGCGACGUAGGCUAAGCCCGACUUACGGCCUUUCGGGUAUUGGCAGCCCUACUCGAUCAUCUCGCGUAUCGGCCGCUGCUACGGACGACGAGGCACAACCGCGGUCUGCAGAGCCUGCUGAGAACUGGAAGCGGGCUGCUGAAGUCACCAGCCAAUUGAAGGCACGAAUUGAACAAAUGAAGGCAAGGCAAGGACUUUCACGACCCCCUGGGACUCAACGUUAA